UAUGACAAGCGGUUGUUAUUGAGCGUUUGUGUGACAAAGCUGAAAGCGCGGACUUGUUGGCAUUUCAGUGAUUCAAAAUAACUUCCGAGGUUUUAGGUUAAUUAUGGCUUCUUUUGUCGCUGAAGUGUUGACAUCUGCUGGUCAGCUAGAGACACAGGAGGCUUCUGCCAAGCUGCAUCAACUUUCCAAAAAGAUUGACAGUCUUAAGUUAGAGGUAUAUGAGAUCACCAGCAACAAAUACACCAACUUUCUUCCCCAGCUGCAUAAUACAGAACAACUUGUAAAUGAUGUUGAGGCUGUUAAAACAGAGAUGGAUGAUAUUGCCAACAGGAUUGAGAAUCAGAUCAAAAGUCAGUUGAACAUGUCAACAGGAGAAUUUCAGUCAUUAACAGGACAGCUGGAGGAUGUAAACUGUCUUCUUACAGUGCUUGAGAAGAUUGUAAACUUGCAGGAUGGAUUGGAAGCCAUUGAGACUGCAGUAAGAACUCAAGAAUACUCCAAAGCUGCAGAUGCUGUUUACCUAGUAAAAUCACUGCUAGCACAGAAAGUGUUUGGACAUGAAAAUGAGGUGAACAUUCUUGCAGCUAUCCAGACCGAGGGUCAUAUACAGGUACAGAAGCUGAUAAGUGAUCUGUCAGAUAAAUGGAAAGCUAUGAUACAAUGGACAUUGCCAGAUGAGAAACAGAAGCAUACAGAUGCUGAAAAUACAAGAAAAACUGAACUUAGAAUAAAUACUAAAGGUGAAAGAGUAGAUCUUCUAGACAAAGUUGUCAUUGGUAUGAAGAAGAUGAACAUUUUAGAUGAGAAAAUGAAAAGAUUUGGUGAAAGGUUGUUACAAAAUGUGAUAGAGCCAGUAAUGACAUACACAAACUGUGAAGUAAAAGAGAGUGAUGCUGGAAAUACUAAGAUAUUAUCAGUACUUGUACACGUCGAAGAUGAUCAAGGUUGUCCAACUCCAACAGAAAUGUUUGAAAAUUUAGACAAAAUUUUACGAUUUCUCAACUCAAACAUGUUACAUGUUGUAAUUGGUGAAGAAAAAGGUGAAAAUACCCAACCUUUUACGUUAAUGAGAGUUUUAGGGGACAUGAUAGCAAAUCAAACUUUAGAGCUUGCUGUGAAGCAGUGCCUUAUUAAAGCCAUACCAAGUAGUAACAAGGAGCUUGAAGAAUUCAAUACUGUUGUUAUCAUGACAGAAGAGGUGCAUAAACAUUUGAUCAAAUUAUGCUUUAUACUGCCAGACAACACUAUUUUGGUGGACUAUGUUCAGAAUGUAAAUGUGUUGUUUGCCAACAAGAAAUGUCAGGAGAUCCUAGAGAGAGCAAGAAGAUUAAUGACUACAGAGGUACAUAAUACUGUAGUAGUAAGUCAUGAUAAACCACUCGGUGAUUUACCUCCCUUAAUGGAAGGAAUGCCUGGAGCGAAGAAAGCUCGUAGAGAUGACCUUGCUGUGGAGUCCCCAUUGAGUGGAAAUACAUUCAGGCUUCCAAAAUGCCAUAUCAGUACAUCUAUACAAGAAUUGAUGACCAUGGCUUAUGAAACAUUAAGAGAGGCAGGAGAAAGUUCCCCACAAUGUGCCAUACAAAUGUUCUGUGCAGUGAGAAAUAUGUUUGAAUUGUUCUGCAGUGUGUUUCCUACAUACCACAAACAGAGUCUUGAGACACUUCCACAAUUUACUGCUUUGCAUUACAACAACUGUAUGUAUAUCUCUCAUCAUUUGAUGACACUUGGUCACCAGUUCAGCAAGAAACUUCCUCAGACAAUUAAUGCAACAUUUGUGGAUCUUGUUCCCAAGAUACGUAGACUUGGCACAGAGACGUUCUUACAACAGUUGUCCAAACAGAAAGCACAGAUGUUAGAAUACCUUGCUGCUGCUAAUGGAUUCCUGAAUGUAUCUGAAAAAGAAGCAUUUUUUGCCACAGAGAAAGCUGUGAAACAAGUUCUACAUCAACUUCAACAUCUUAGAAAAGUCUGGCAUGAAAUACUUCCUCCUACCAACUAUAGAAAAGCUCUAGGAGGAUUACUAAAUGGUGUGAUCAUUGAGAUAACAGACAGUAUUGUGGCCUUAGAGGACAUCUCAGCUGAUGAUACCAAACAACUGUCCAGAUUGAUAACCACCAUCUCCGAGAGAGCACCAGAACUCUUUAAAGUGGACGAAGAUGAAAAGACUAAUAUUACAAUUGAGAUACAGAGAAACGUAGCCAAAUGGCAAAGGUUUCGUGAACUUGACAUGGUACUUAAUGGCAGUAUGAUUGAAAUAGGUGAUAGAUGGGCUUCAGGGAAAGGUCCGCUUGCUGUUGCAUUUACAGCAAAUGAGGUGAAACAGUUGAUACGAGCUUUGUUUCAGAAUACUGAAAGAAGGGCUACAAUGUUGGCAAAAAUUAAAUAAGUCAACUUGGGGUUUAUUGCAGUUGUUUUGUGUUAUAUAUAUUUAUUGGAAAAUAUUGCUUUAUGUUUUUUUAAGCGAUUGAAGUAGUUAUUGUUAAGGUAUUGAAUUGAAAUGUGAUGUGACUGUUUAUAAGCUAAAGUUGAUUUCUUAAUCUAGGUCUAAUCUAAUUGAAGCACAGGUAGGUGUCAGAUUUGAUAACAGAAAGAUGGUUGAUUCAGUAAACCAAUAAUGUUUUUCACCUUUCAAUGGGGCAUUGCUAUCUUAGCAAAAAAAGUAAGGGAGAUUUACCAUCCAUAUUUGAAAAUAUAAACAUUUAAAGUUGUAAAUCUACACUGUUUUCAACCAUUUAACACUUAAAAUUAAAUAUAAAUUUUGAAAUACAUCUUCAUUCAAAAAAUGGCUUCCAGUAGCCAUGCAAACUGCAUCCUUACUGAAAAUGAAUAAUUUUCAGAAAGGAGGCCUAAUGCCUUGAACAAUAACACUUUUUGGUGAUUUUUGUGGGUAGGUAGCUUGAGGGGGAAUAAUAUUUUAUUUAAGGCCUAGACAUUUGUAAUUUAUGUGAAAAAAGAUGCUUGUCAUAUGUGCUAUCUGUUAUUUGUUAAAUAUAAGUACAUGAAUAAAAUAUAUAUAAAGUCUA